GUAAUCCACCAGCGAAUUCACACCGGAGAGAAACCGUAUCAGUGCCAUGUUUGCAGAAAAAGCUUCAUUAGGAAGGAAUACCUCAUUAAGCAUAUGGUAAAUCACACUGGAGAAAAGCCAUAUCUGUGCAAUGUUUGCGGCAAAACCUUCUUAAGGAAGGCGUACCUGAGAGUACAUAUGGUAACUCACACAGGGGAGAAAUCGUUUAAAUGCCCUGUAUGUGAAAAAGGCUUCAUAUCAUCGACUUGUCUCAAACUCCACCAGAGAAUCCAUACAGGGGAGAAACCCCAUAAGUGUAACCUUUGCAGCAAAAGCUUCAUUAGGAAGGCGUGCCUGAGAGUACAUGUGGUAACUCACACAGGGGAGAAACCUCAUCCUUGUAACGUUUGUAGCAAAAGCUUCACUCAGAAGAAAGGCCUGAGCGUGCAUAUGAGGACUCACACAGGGGAGAAACCUUUCAAGUGCCUUGUAUGUGAAAAAUGCUUCACCUAUUCAAAUAAGCUAAAAUGCCACCAGCAAAUCCACACAGGGGAGAAACCAUAUAAGUGCCACAUCUGCAGCAAAACCUUCACUCAGAGUGGAGGCCUGUCACGUCAUAUGAAGACUCACACUGGAGAGAAACCAUAUAAGUGUUCUGUAUGUGAAAAACGUUUCACAUCACAGACUAAUCUUAAACUCCACCAGCGAAUCCAUACAAGAGUGAAAUCAUUUACGUGCCCCGCGUGUGAGGAAGGAUUUACAUCGUCAAGUCUUCUAAAACGUCACCAGCAGAAUCACUGUGGAGAGAAGACAGAAAAAAAACGACCAGAAGAAACAUUUCUCUGCAGUGAUUGUGGCAAAAGCUUCCGUACCAUGAGUUACCUGAGAGUGCAUAUGACGACUCACACAGGGGAGAAAGCUAAUAAGUGUCCUGCGUGUGAUAAUUGCUUUACAACAGCCUCUGAUCUAAAAGUCCACCAGAAAAUUCACAAUGGAGGGAAACCAUAUCAGUGCAAGGAAUGUGACAAAUGCUUCACUCAAAGGUCAACAUUAAAAAAACACAUAGGGUCUCACACAGAACUGCAUAUGUGUCACGUGUGCAGCAAAAACUUCACCCAAAAGGGAAACCUGACACAACAUAUGAGGACUCACACAGGGGAGAAACCAUUCAAGUGCUCUGUAUGUGAAGGAGGCUUCACGUCAGCCCCUUCUCUAAAACUCCAUCAGCAAAUUCACACUGGCGAGAAACCACAUCAGUGUGAAGUUUGUGGCAAACGCUUCAUUCAGAAGGGAAACCUGACAGGACAUAUGAAGACUCACACAGGGGAGAAACCCUUUAAGUGUGAAGUUUGUGGCAAAAGCUUUCUUCAGAGGGGAAACCUGACAAUACAUAUGAAGAUUCACACAGGGGAGAAAUCUUUUAAGUGUUCUAUAUGUGAAAAGCGCUUCGCAACACUGCGUGAUAUGACACGCCACAAGAGAAUUCACACGGGAGAGAAACCUUAUCGCUGCAACGAUUGUGACAAAUGUUUUAAUCAGAGUAGUUCCCUUAAAUCACACACAAAGAAUAUUCACAAGAGAGAGAGAACAUAAGUGUCCAUUGUGUAAAACAUGUCAAUAUGAAAAUGGAAAAGGUCUAUUCUAACUGACAGCGGUAAGAGAACAACAUAUCAUUUACAUUUACAUUUAAGUCAUUUAGCAGACGCUCUUAUCCAGAGCGACUUACAAAUUGGUUGAAAGGAAUGAUUGAAUGACUGAACUUGUAGAACAUGGUCUAUAACGCUUAUUUUUUUAGAGAGCAGUCUGAAUUUGUAGGCAGCAGGAGUCCUUACUGGUUAAUGAUAAAAGACAGAAUGAAACAGGAUAUUUGAACAACUAUCUUCACACGAAGGAAGCUUUAGGUAUUGUUAAAGGACAAUGCUCAUUGAUCAUAAAAUGUCUGAUUUCAAAAUUAUUGAAUGAUUAUCAUGUUGAAGCAAUUGUAUUUUAAUUAUGUUUAACAUGGCUAUCAGAGUAAGACAGUAGGGCCCGGUAUUCAUAAAGCCAGUCAUGAUGAAUUUCCACCUGAGACUUACUCCACACCAGUGUGUAGCCAAAUGUUAGUGUUAAUGUAAGCUCUAUUGCUGUUUUGGUUCCGCAACCUCGGACAACAAAAGUAGCCGCACCAUCCCGCCCCCGUCGGUGUGGUUCUAGAAUGCUGUUCGGUGUGGUUCUAGAAUGCUGUUUGGUGUGGUUUUAGAAUGCUGUUUGGUGUGGUUUUAGAAUGCUGUUCGGUGUGGUUUUAGAAUGUGGUUUUUAGAAUGCUGUUUGGUGUUGUUUUAGAUGUGGUUUUAGAAUGCUGUUCGGUGUUGUUUUAGAAUGUGGUUUUAGAAUGCUGUUCGGUGUGGUUUUAGAAUGUGGUUUUAGAAUGCUGUUCGGUGUUGUUUUUAGAAUGCUGUUCGGUGUGGGUUUAGAAUGCUGUUUGGUGUGGUUUUAGAAUGCUGUUCGGUGUGGUUUUAGAAUGUGGUUUUUAGAAUGCUGUUCGGUGUGGUUUUAGAAUGCUGUUCGGUGUGGUUUUAGAAUGCUGUUCGGUGUGGUUUUAGAAUGCUGUUUCGGUGUGGGGUUUAGAAUGCUGUUCGGUGUGGUUUUAGAAUGCUGUUCGGUGUGGUUUUAGAAUGCUGUUCGGUGUGGUUUUAGAAUGCUGUUCGGUGUGGUUUUAGAAUGCUGUUCCGGUGUGGUUUAGAAUGCUGUUCGGUGAGUGUAUUCUAGAACAGAUGCUGGUAACAAACUGUAGCAUACCACACAGUAUGUGGGGGAGUGUGGUUUGUGAUGGAAGAUGGGGUGGGUGCUUUUGUGAUUAGAAAAGUGUGGUGUGAAAAAUGUAAAUGGUUUCAAAUGCCAGAGCCCAUGUGUGUCUGAGACCAGGAGUUGUGACAGAGAGAGUUUGCAAUGUUGUGCAGAUAUGAUAGAUAUGAUAGAUAUUUAAAAUAAAUGACAAAUAUUUUG